UUCCUAAAAAGCAAUGCAUUCCAGAAGUACAGAAGGACUGCAACAAUUAAUUAAUAUGGCUUUAGUAUGUUAUUAGGCAGCUAGCUAUAGCUCUACACUGUCAGCAACUCGAUGAUCUCUGGCCUCGCUUCUAGCUCGCAUGCAAAUGAAGUAUGGAUCGCCAUGGAAAACAACAGCAACGUGUCAAAGCAUUAUCUGAUGGUUCUCUACAGUUUAACUCCAACUACCAAUUUGUCGGUUCCUUCAAAGCGAUGUCGGCCAUGAGAAAAUCCAGAGAACUGUGUGAUGUCGUAUUGAUAGUCGAUGGGGAGCCGAUUCAUGCCCAUCGCAUUGUCCUCUCAUCUCUGAGCCCGUAUUUCAAAGCUAUGUUCACCGGUGACAUGGCCGAGAGCAAGCAGAGGGAGAUAACGAUCAACGGCAUCGACGCCGAUACACUCGAGAGCAUUGUUGACUAUGCAUACACUGCGAAUAUCAAGAUAACUGAAGACAAUGUGCAACUGCUGCUACCAGCGGCUAGCAUUCUACAGUUUGAGGAAAUCCGACAAGUCUGCAGCGAUUUCAUGCUACACCGAUUGUCGACCGAUAAUUGCCUCGGAGUUAGGAUAUUUGCGGAGAUACAUGGCUGUCCACACUUAGAAUCUGCUGCAUCUGUAUUCUCUCAGAGUCAUUUCCCUGAGGUUUCCAAAAAAGAAGAGUUUCUGAAUUUCACCGUAGAUCAGCUGAAGGAGUUGGUGGCCAAGGAUCAACUGAAUGUGCAGAGCGAAUUUGAAGUAUUUGAAGCUCUCAUGAAUUGGAUUGAGCAAGACAAAGAAAGCCGUCAAAAGUACAUAGCUGAUCUUGUUAAGCAAGUUCGUCUGCCCCUCCUCUCUGUGAAAGAGCUGCUUCAAGAUGUGGGCAAGAAUCCGUUGGUUCUUGGGGACUCAAAGUGUGUGGAGCUGCUCCUAGGGGCAGUGGAGCAUCACCUUCUGCCAAGUGCCAUCAAGGCAGAACAGAAAAUCAACCCAAGGAACUCCCCUAAGAAGCUGUUUGCCAUUGGCGGCUGGGACGGCGCCACCGCUAUUGAGAUUGUCGAGUAUUACGACACUGAAACGGGGCUAUGGGAGAAUGGACCGUGUACUAUUGCUGCUCGUAAUGGAGUCAGUUUGGCUGUUCUGGACGACAAAUUGUAUGCCGUGGGCGGGCAUAACGGGCAAAAAUUUCAGCAAUCUGUGGAAGUGUACGAUCCUCGCGUGAAUGCAUGGCAGUACACCGCCUCGAUGAAACAUAGACGAGCGAGUUCAGGGGUCACAGGUCACAGAGGGUACCUGUACGCUGUGGGGGGUCAAGACAGCAGCGUGAGAUUGAAAUCUGUCGAGAGAUACGACCCGGAAAACAACAGCUGGCAGUGUAUGAUGAACAUGAACAUGCGGAGGGAUAGCCCUGGAGUUGUGAGUCAUGGCGACUAUAUUUACGCUAUCGGAGGCUGUCAUUCGUGCAUGUUUUUAGACACAGUUGAGAGAUUCGAUCCAAAGGCUAAUCAGUGGAUCUCCGUGCAAAGUAUGUCUCAUCGCCGUAGCGCUGUUGGUGCCGUCUCAAUGGGCAGUUUUAUUUACGUUUUCGGAGGGCACGACGAGCAGAAUAACCUCUGCACUCUGGAGCGGUACGACCCCUCCACGGACGCGUGGGCGACGCUAAGUCCGAUGAAUUCUACUCGAGCAGGAGUGGGCGGGGCCAUCUUAAACGGUAAGAUAGUUGCCAUCGGCGGUUUCGAUGGAGUUGAACAACUGAACACUGUCGAGGAAUAUUGUGUGGAGACUGAUAAAUGGCGUUACACCACUCCAAUGAAAUACGAACGAAGCUAUGUCGGAACUGUCACCAUGACUAAAAUUGUUUGACUUUAUAAGUAGUUUAUAUAAUUUUUUCUGUGUUUCUACAUUCUCAUUUCUUGUUUCUCACACAUCAAUCAACUCACAAAUUAUUAUUUAAUUGAUUCAA